AGGAGAGAACGAGAGAGGGUGUGUGUGUCAGAAAGAGACACACAGAGAGAGAAAGAGGGAGAAGGAGUGUGUGUGAGAGAGAGUUUGUUGAAUCAUCUGCUCAGGUGUUCAGUAAGACACUCAGCCAUGGCCGGGAGCUCGGAGAAAGUGCCUAUUGCCUCAGCGGGACCCGAGGACCUCCAACAGUUUAUGCCACCGGCAUACACCCCAGUGGCCGUCAAACCUGCAGCCAGCGGGCGCUUACUGAAGGCCGGGAUUGCGGUGUUGAUCGCUGGCGCGAUUCUUUUGUUGUUCGGGGCCAUUGGAGCAUUCUACUUUUGGAAUAACAACAAACACGUGUAUAAUGUCCACUACAGUAUGAGUAUCAAUGGCAAGGUGGAGGAGGGCUCCAUGGAGAUCGAUUCUGGUAACAACGUGGAGAGGUUCCGUACCGGCAGUGGGACAGACGAGGCCGUGGAGGUUCACGACUUCCAGAUUGGCAUAACAGGUAUCCGCUUUGCAGGAGGAGAGAAGUGCUACAUCAAGACCCAGGUCAAAGCUCGUCUCCCUGAGGUGGAAACUCUCAACAAAGACUCUCUGUUGUUUGACCUGGAAGAUGAGGUGAUGCCAGCCAAGUUUGAAGAGGAUUCUCUGAUCUGGGUGGCAGCUGACACACCCCUCUCAGACCCCACCUUCCUCAGCAACAAGAUUAAGGAUUUGUGUGGGGAUCUGCCAAUCUUCUGGCUCCGUCCUACCUACCCCAAUGGCGGGCAGAGGAAGAGGCGGGCUGCCCCCCGUCAGCGUCGCCAGGCAACCGGGGCAGAAGAGGAAGUGGAUGUGGAGGCAGAAUUCAACCCAGAGAACCCAUAUCACCGCGGUCUGGAGGGUGACGAGGGCACCAUGACCUUUGACCCCAUGCUGGACCACCAGGGAGUGUGCUGUAUCGAGUGCCGCCGUGGCCACACUCAGUGCCAGAGGAUCUGUGAGCCCCUGGUUGGGUUCCACCCUUGGCCCUACCACUAUGCAGGUUGCAGGGUGGCCUGCAGAGUCAUCAUGCCCUGUCGCUGGUGGGUCGGGCGCAUCAUGGGCAUUCUCUAAACACCCCCUGCACCACGGUGCAACAGUCCAGGAGAGAGGAGGACAGUGGGUGGGAAGAGAAGGAAUGGAAGGGGAGAGCGGGAAAUAAAAUGGGAAGAGAUAAAAAGAGAGAAAGAGGGAGUGAUGUCUAGUUCCCCAGCCACCCGUAAUUUCAUAUGAGAUGGUUGGAAAGGCAAUAAACAAAUGAUGUGUAUGGCAAUGUAAUCAACACACAGUUAAUUAUAGUCACUUCUUGACAAUACCUGAACAUAAAUGGUAUGUUGGUUAUGAAUAUUCAAUAACUUUAUGCUGUGUCAUAAACCUAGGUAUAUUGCACAUGCUGUAUAAUAACUAACAGGAAUGUGCACAUAGCACAAACACAUACCAAUCCCUAUGAGAUCAGUAAAAACUAAAGUUUUGGUGUAAACUUGUAUUUAAAAACGCUAAUACUUUUACUUCAUAUUACCUUACUUUCUGUCUCUUUUAGCUUGAUGAUGUAAAUAAAUGUAUGAAAUAAGUAUUUGUUAGACAUAGGGAGUGUAACAGGAGUUUGCUCAGACAGUGGAUCUAUAGUAGAACUUCUUUACGUUCUCCUCAAACUAGUGAUAAAUGUUUCUGUCCCGACUGUUUUAACUCUGUCAGACCCCCCUGGCUGUUUUUUUUCAUUCACUAAUAAUAAAGUGUACUAAUGGC